AUGAAGUUCUCCGCUGCCACUACUCUGGCUGCCCUUCUGGGCGCCGCCUCGGCCGGCUCCAAGUCCGAUGACAGAACCUUUGCCGUCCUCCGCUUCAACAACAAGCAGCUCGUCAAGACCCGUGUUGAUCCCAUCAUCAACCCCGGAAAGCCCGCGACCCACGUUCACGGCGUCAUGGGAGGAAGCAACUUUGGCAUGUCGGCCACUGGCGAGACUCUAUCCCAGUCCAAGUGCACCAACGCCAUGAUCAACGGCGACAACAGCGCCUACUGGUUCCCGUCUCUUUACUUCCAGGACCCCAAGACCAAGGAGUUUGAGGCUGUCGAUGUUUUCUAUGUCAACGUCUACUACUUCUUCGAUGGCACCGAUGAUGAGAUCAAGGCCUUCCCCAAGGGCCUGCAGAUCUUUAGCGGUAAUUCCUCCGCUCGCGUUGCCCCGUCGUCUGGAGGCAAGGAGAACCUCGAGCCGGCGGACGGCCCCAUCCAGCCUGUUCAGUGGACUUGCCCCAGAUCCAACUACAACCCGCCAUCGUACCCUGCCAACUCUGACGGCACUACCGCCGGCAUCGUCGAUCCCAACAAUGACGGCUCCGGAGUCGGCUUCCCCGACCAGAACUGCGACGGCUACGCUUCUCCCCUCCGUGCCGAUGUCCACAUGCCUUCCUGCUACAACCCCAACGCUGCCCUGACUGACUACGAGAGCAUGGCCUGGCCCUCGAACAAGGGUGCGUCGAACAGCCGCCGCAAGAACUGCCCUGCCGGAUGGAUCCACGUUCCUCACAUGUUCUUCGAGGUUUACUGGGACACUCCCAAGUUUGCCAGCCGCUGGACUCCCGGCCAGGGCUCGCAGCCCUUUGUCCUCUCCAACGGUGAUGCCACUGGUUACAGUCUCCACGCCGACUUCAUCGCUGCUUGGGAUGAGACCGUUCUCCAGCAAAUCAUUGACAACUGCAACGCCGGCUCUUCUGGUAUGGACAAGUGCCCUGGUCUCCUCAAGGGCCUCAACACCAACAAGGACUGCACAAUCUCCUCUCCCGUUGACGAAGUUGUCGAUGGUCUCAUGAGCAAGCUUCCCGGCAACAACCUCCUCACCUCCUUCGGUGCUGUCGUCAGCGGUGGCAGCAGCAGCAGCGGCAGCGGUAGCGGCAGUGGUUCUGUUGCCAACCCUUCUGGUUCCUCUGCCUCGUCUGCGGCGACGGCUGCUUCUGCAAAGCCCUCCGCCGUCCAGCCUUCUGCCAGCAAGCCCGCCACCUCUGGCUACGUCAGCCAGGAGGAAGUCCCCAAGACAUCCGCCGUGGUUUCUUCCGAGCUUCCCAUUCAGGUCGCCCCUGAGAAGGCCAGCACCAAGGCUGCCGAGACGUCUGCCGCUGCCGCCGUCCCUACCACCAACGCAGUCCCGCCCAAGCCCUCGGCAUCUGGGUGCUCCCGCAAGACCAGGACCGUCUACAAGACCGUCACCGUCACCUCUCCCGCAGAGGAGUCCAAGGCCGCUGCGACCCCCGUCGGCUCUACCGACAACUACAAGGCCCGUCGCCACGUCCACGAACACGAGCACCUCCACCGCCACCGCAGCAACCGCAAGUAA